AUGUUUUUAUCGUUUAAAUUGUUGGUUGGCCUUUUAGGUGUUUUUCUGUUGAUGCUUUUGAGCCCCACGGAGGGGCAAUUGGACCUAAGUAAUAUUGGUGUCCUACAAAUUGCCGGCAAUAAACAGUAUUUUGUUGAGAAAGCAGUUAGAGUUAAUUGGCAUAGAGCUUUACAAACUUGUGCUAAAAUGAAUAUGAGUUUGGCAUCGAUUGAAUCGGCCACGGAGCAGACAAACUUGAAGACUUUGUUGUAUUCGAAUUCUGCCUUAGAAAAACAAUACUGGUUGUCUGGCAAUGAUUUGUCGGCAAGUCGUAACUUUGUUUGGUUCGGUAAUGGUAAAACCUUCAGCUAUUCCAGCUGGGCUUCUGGUCCCGGCACCAGCUCUAGCCAACGUUGUGUAAGCACUAAUGCCGCCUUUAAUUGGCGCCGAGAUUCUUGCAGUAAUUUACACUACUUCAUAUGUGAGAAACUCGUUGAGCCGCCAUGUAGUUUUGAGGGAGAAUGUUUACAAAAACCCACCAUAAUUUUUUAA